AUGGGUUUCGUUCACAACACCAAUGCGAAAAUCGCCACCAGUCCGAUUGGACGAUGGUUUCGACUCGAUGGCUCUGGUCACCACAAGGAACGGAAGGGAUCGUACUUCUUCACCGAGUUGCGAGCCGGCCUGGCCACUUUCUUCGCCAUGGCUUACAUCAUUGCUGUCAACGCCUCCAUUAUCGCCGACACGGGUGGCACAUGUGUCUGCAAUGGCGGGGCCAGCGAUCCCAUUUGCAAUGACAACACGGAAUACAACCUCUGUGUAGCUGAGGUCCGACGUGAUAUGGUGACGGCCACUGCCGCCAUCUCGGCCCUGGCUUCAUUCUGCAUGGGUCUGUUUGCCAAUUUGCCGCUCGGUCUCGCUCCCGGCAUGGGAGUAAACGCCUACUUCGCCUACACCGUCGUCGGAUUCCACGGAAGUGGCCAAAUACCCUAUUCCGUCGCCUUAACGGCCAUCUUCGUCGAAGGCUGGAUCUUCUUCGCGCUCGCCAUCUUCGGCAUGCGCCAAUGGCUCGCCCGCGCCAUCCCCCGCUCCAUCAAGCUCGCCACCGGGGUCGGCAUUGGUCUCUUUCUGACCCUCAUCGGCCUCACCUACAGCGAGGGUAUCGGCCUGAUCCUAGGCUCUACCUCUACCCCCACCGAACUGGCCGGCUGCCACCCUUCUUCGUACGAAAAUUCCGAGAACGGCCUCUGCCCGAACAGCGACAAGAUGCGCAACCCGACGAUGUGGAUCGGCAUCUUCUGCGGGGGCAUCAUGACCACGAUCCUGAUGAUGUACCGCGUCAAGGGGGCCAUCAUCAUGGGUAUUCUGCUCGUGAGCAUCAUCUCCUGGCCGCGCACCACGAGCGUCACCUACUUCCCUUACACUGCCGAGGGCGACGACGCCUUCGACUUCUUCCGCCGCGUCGUCGACUUCCACCAGAUGACCAAGGUCCUCAACGUGCUGAAGUGGGACGUCUCCGCGUACGGGGGCCAAUUUGGUCUCGCGCUUAUCACGUUUCUCUAUGUGGAUAUUCUUGAUUGUACCGCUACUUUGUAUUCCAUGGCCCGCUUUGCCGACGUUGUUGAUCCUGUCACCGAGGACUUCGAGGGCUCCUCCAUCGCGUACAUGGUCGACGCCGUCGGCAUCUCCAUCGGUGCCGUCCUUGGCACCUCCCCGGUAACAGCAUAUAUCGAGUCCGGCGCCGGAAUAUCCGAGGGCGGUAAGACUGGGCUGACGGCCAUGGUUACCGGAAUCUGCUUCUUCAUCUCCAUCUUCUUCGCGCCCAUCUUCGCGUCCAUCCCGCCCUGGGCUACGGGUUGCGUGCUCAUUCUCGUCGGAAGCAUGAUGAUCAAGUCCGUCACCGAGAUCAACUGGACGUACAUGGGCGAUGCCGUCCCGGCGUUCAUCACGAUCAUGCUUAUGCCGUUUACGUACUCCAUCGCCAACGGCCUCGUUGGUGGAGUAUGCUCCUACAUCCUUAUCAACACCAUCAUCUGGCUCGUCGAAAAAGCUUCAGGCGGCCGCAUCGUCCCGCACAACAAGGCCGAGAAGGAUCCCUGGACGUGGCGCGUCCCCGGUGGUGUCCUGCCGCCGUGGACGGUAAGGCUGGCCAAUGGGAAGAAGGACUUUUGGCGCGAGGAUACUAAACUCCACCAUGAUGUGCCGGUUGAGGGCGAGUCGGCAUCCGCUGGGUCGGAUGGCUUGGUGCACGCGCAUGCUGGUGUGAAGCAUGAGAAGGUCGGCAAGGAGUUUGAUGACAGUCCUGAUUCUGUUAACCACGGGUCGAACGUCGAUAAGUCCAAUGAGAUCAUGCCCGAGAAGAUGAGCUAG